AAGUGAAAAAGGCUCAAAAGGAAGAGGACAAAAACAAAUGGAGCUCAUCAUCAUCAUCAUCUUCCUUCUCUUUCUCCCUAUCUUCAUCUUCCUCAUCUUCCCAAGGCGACCUUCGUCAGAAUUCGGUUUCAAGUCGUACCCGAUCGUCGGAAGCUUACCUGGUCUGGUGAAAAACCGUCACCGUUUCCUCGAUUGGACGGUAGAGACUCUGUCUCGAUGCCCAACCCAGACGGCGAUUUUCCGGCGACCAGGGAAUCAACAAUUCGUCAUGACGGCCAAUCCAGCCAACGUCGAGUACAUGCUCAAGACGAAAUUCGAUUGUUUCCCUAAAGGCGAACGGUUCAUCUCCCUUCUCGAGGAUUUUCUCGGCCGUGGGAUUUUCAACUCCGACGGCGACAUGUGGUGGAAACAGAGGAAGACGGCGAGCUACGAAUUCAGUACUAGGUCACUCCGUGACUUCGCUAUGACCAACGUCACCGUCGAAAUCAACACCAGGCUUGUUCCGGUGUUAAAAGAAGCCUCGACCACCGGAAAAUUGAUCGACCUUCAAGAUAUAUUAGAGCGAUUCGCGUUCAAUAACAUCUGCAAAUUAGCCUUCAACGUCGAUUCCGAUUGCCUCGGCGACGACGGAGCCGCCGGUGUAGAGUUCAUGCGAGCCUUCGAGACGGCGGCGACGAUCAUCUCGCAACGGUUUCAGUCCGUGAUUUCGUAUCCGUGGAAGAUCAAAAAGAAACUCGAUAUUGGAUCAGAGAGACUUUUGAGAGAAUCAAUCGUGACCGUCCAUAGAUUCGCCGACGAUAUCGUGCGUAACAGGAUCGAUCAAGCAAGAGAAGAGAACAAGAACGAGGAUUUGCUUUCUCGGUUUAUCAACAUCGAGGAGAUGAAUUCUCCGGAGUUGCUACGUGACAUUGUCAUUAGUUUCAUCCUCGCGGGAAGAGACACAACAUCCUCUGCUCUGAGCUGGUUCUUCUGGUUACUCUCUAAGAAUCCUGAGGUUGAAAACAAAAUAAUCCAAGAACUGAAAUCGAUCCGAGCAAGAACAGGGAAGCGAAUCGGGGAAGUUUACGGGUUUGAAGAUCUGAAACUGAUGAAUUACAUGCACGCAGCGAUAACCGAAUCGCUAAGGUUAUAUCCGCCUGUGCCAGUGGACACAAUGAGCUGUGUUGAGGACAAUGUAUUGCCUGAUGGGACAUUUGUAGGGAAAGCUUGGGGAAUAAGCUAUAAUGCCUAUGCGAUGGGGAGGAUGGAGAGUGUUUGGGGUAAAGAUUGUGAUCGGUUUGAUCCUGAGAGGUGGAUUGAUGAAACGAGUGGUGGUUUUAGAGGUGAGAAUCCAUAUAAGUUUCCGGUGUUUCAUGCAGGACCAAGGAUGUGUUUAGGGAAAGAGAUGGCUUAUAUUCAGAUGAAAUCGAUAGUUGCUUCGGUGAUGGAGAGGUUUGUGGUUGAUGUUCCAGGGAAAGAGGAGCGUCCUGAGAUUCUCUUGUCUGUGACACUUAGGAUCAGAGGAGGUUUGUUUGUUAGGGUACACGAAAGAACCUGAGUUUACUUGUUGGACAAGUUAACUUUUCUGGUGCCACUUUAUUAUAAUGUCUAUAUUUCAUUUACUCUAAAUCUCCAACAAUUCUUGGGUAAAUCCUCACAAAAACUCUCGAUCUUGGACCUUAAUAAAACUCCUGAGGACUAAUUACGAUUGGA